GAAACUUUUUAAAGCGCGUAAUUGUUUAGCGUCAUUUUAAUUUCUUGUUCUUAUAAUAAAAAGCUUAUAUAUAUAUAUAUAUGUCAUAAUAUAUCCCUCCGUUUUAUCUAUUUGUCUUUUGGCUUUGUUGGGGGAAAAAGGAAACAGCAAAAGCCCCAGUAAAAAGAGGCAAUUCGAUUUGGUAGGAGGUUUCCUCUUUGGAUGGGAAAGAAUGCAAGUUUUGAGAGGCGGAAUUCGACAAUCGAAGAGGAUCAACGACAAUCCGGAGAGCUCUGCUUCCUUAGUUCCGACUGCUCGGAAUGCUGCUGCUAAUAGAGGUAGAGGUAGAGGGAGAGGUAGGGGUAGAGGGCGCGGAGGAAUGAAUCCUGAAGAAAAUCAAAAGCUUGUUGGUCCCAGUGCUUGUGGCCGGGGUUGCAAUGGAAUAAACUUGCCAGUGAGACAGGUCGUUGAAAAAAGUGCGGAAAAACCGGUUGCUGUCAAGGAAGAAGGAAGUACUAGUUCACUACCUGAAAGGGUACAACUUGGUAACUCUCCUGUGUACAAGUUAGACAGAAAACUCGGUAAAGGGGGUUUCGGGCAAGUUUUUGUUGGAAGAAGGAUAUCUGGUGGGACGGGGCGCAGUGGACCAGAUGCUUUCGAGGUUGCUUUGAAGUUUGAGCAUCAAAAUGGUAAAGGAUGUAGUUCGGGUCCUCCUUAUGAGUGGCAAGUAUAUAGCACUCUUAAUGGUUGUUAUGGACUUCCCUUGGUUCAUUACAAAGGUCAACUCGGAGGCUACUACAUUCUUGUCAUGGAUAUGCUAGGUCCGAGUUUAUGGGAUGUUUGGAACUCAAACAACCAGAUGCUGACAGAAGAGAUGGUUGCUUGUAUAGCCAUGGAGGCAAUAUCGAUUCUCGAGCAGCUUCAUUUGAAAGGUUUUGUACAUGGAGAUGUUAAGCCCGAGAACUUUUUGCUUGGCCAGCCUGGGACCUCAAAGGAGAAGACCUUGUAUCUGGUUGAUCUUGGUCUGGCUUCGAGAUGGAAAGAGGCAGCUUCUGCACGUCAUGUUGAUUAUGACCAAAAACCUGAUGUGUUUAGGGGAACUGUACGUUAUGCAAGUGUACAUGCACAUUUGGGUAGGACUGGGAGUCGAAGGGAUGACCUCGAGUCAUUGGCUUAUACACUCAUAUUUCUACUAAGAGGAAAGCUUCCCUGGCAAGGUUACAUAGGUGAGAACAAAGGAUUUCUUGUUUGUAAGAAGAAGAUGGGAACUUCUCCAGCGGCGCUUUGUUCCUUGUGUCCUCCACCAUUUCAACAGUUUCUCGAAAUUGUAACCAAUAUGAAAUUCGAUGAAGAACCCAAUUACUCAAAGCUUAUUUCCCUUUUUCAUAACAGCAUAGAUUUCAAUUCGUCAAUACAUCCUAUCCAAAUCGAUGGAGCUAUUAAGGUGGGUCAAAAACGGGAAAGAUCACUCACCGAGUUGGAAGAUGGUGAGCAGCUUAAAAAGAGAGUUCGGCUCGGGUCUCCUGCUUCUCAAUGGAUCUCAAUCUAUAAUUCCCGAACCUCGAUGAAACAGAGGUAUCACUUUAACGUUAUGGAUUCGAGACUCAACCAGCACGUGGAGAAAGGAAAAGAAGAUGGGUUGUAUAUUAGCUGUGUAGCGUCGUCAUCGAAUCUAUGGGCCAUUGUUAUGGAUGCAGGGACGGGGUUUACAUCUCAGGUUUAUGAGUUAUCACCAAUCUUUUUGCAUAAGGAGUGGAUAAUGGAACAAUGGGAGAAGAAUUACUACAUCACUUCCGUUGCCGGAGCAUGCAACGGCAGUGCACUGGUCAUUAUGUCGAAAGGUACCCCCUAUACGCAACAAUCCUACAAAGUUACUGACGUAUUUCCCUUCAAAUGGAUUAAUAAGAAAUGGAAAGAAGGCUUCUCCGUGACCUCGAUGACUGCUGCAGGCAACAAAUGGGGCAUCGUUAUGUCUCGAAACGCAGGCUAUCGUCUUCAGGUUGUUGAACUUGAUUUCCUUUACCCGAGCGAGGGGAUUCAUCGAAGAUGGGAAAAAGGGUUUCGGAUUACAUCGGCAGCGGCUACGGAGGAUCAAGCUGCAUUCAUACUUAGUGCACCCAAGAGAAAAUCACAAGAUGUGAUGCAAGAAACUUUGCGUACAUCUGCUUUUCCUAGUACCCAAGUAAAGGAUAAAUGGCUGAAAAAUCUGUAUAUUUCAUCCAUUUGCUAUGGAAGGACAGUGUCUUGAAGUUUAUUAUUUGGAAGAAGGUAACCUGCAGCUACAAGUAAACUCGAAACAUAUUGUUAUCUUAAAUCGAGCUUGAACUUAAAAAAUCGAACUUAUCUGAGUUGUAUUUUUGAGCUUCGAAUUUCGAUUCAAUAUCAAAGCUUAUUAUAGUCUA